AUGGCCGCCGGAGAAGUAGGCGGCGGCGGUGGCGGCACCGCCACAGUCCGAUCCUUACAAGAAACCCCCACAUGGGCCCUCGCAACCGUGUGUUUUAUGUUCAUCUCUCUCAGCAUCCUUAUCGAAUAUCUAAUACAUCUUCUUGGACAUUGGCUCAAAAAGCACAAAAAGGUUGCUCUGUAUGAAGCAAUAGAGAAGCUCAAAUCAGUGUUGAUGCAAUUGGGAUUCAUGUCGCUGAUAUUAACGGUGACACAAAAAUCGAUAUCCAAAAUAUGCAUACCAAAUCACGUGGCUGACACCAUGCUGCCCUGCCGCCGCACGGUGGAUACGCUCACCGGAAAGCUAUUCCGGCGGCUGCUCGGCGGUGGCGCAACUCGCCGGGAGAGAGCUCUGGCCGCCGCCGCUGCACCUGCUGCUGGAACUGAUCAUUGUGGUUCUAAGGGAAUGACGUCAUUAAUGUCGGAAGGGGGCAUCAAUCAGCUGAACAUUUUCAUAUUUGUGUUGGCAGCCAUGCACAUUGUCUAUAGUGUCACCACUAUGGGCCUUGGAAGGGCUAAGAUGAAGAGAUGGAAAAAUUGGGAAAAAGAAACUCAAAGUGUAGAAUACAUGGCAGCAAAUGAUCCCGAAAGAUUUAGAUUUGCGAGACAAACAACAUUUGGGAGGCGGCACGUGAGCACAUGUGCGGCAAAUUCGACACCCCAAUUAUGGAUAAAAUGUUUUUUCCGACAAUUCUUUCAUUCCGUAGCUAAAGUAGACUACCUUACUUUGCGCCAUGGAUUUAUUACGGCACAUCUGUCGGCAAAUACUUCUUUCAAUUUUCAAAAAUAUAUACAACGAUCUUUGGAAGACGAUUUUAAAGCCGUUGUUGGGAUAAGCCCAAUAUUGUGGCUUGUGGUUGUAAUAUUCUUGCUAGUUGACGUUCACGGUUGGAAUGCAUAUCUUUGGGUCUCAUUUCUUCCCCUAAUAGUUGUUUUAUUCGUGGGAACUAAACUCGAAGUAAUAGUUGCAAGAAUGGCGAUGCAAAUAACGCAACAAAGCACCGUAAUCAAAGGCGCACCUUUGGUGCAACCAAACGAUAAUUUCUUCUGGUUUAGUCGCCCCCAACUCGUUUUGCAACUACUCCAUUUUAUCCUUUUUACGAAUGCAUUCGAGACCGCUUUUGUUGUAUGGGUCACGUGGCAAUUUGGAAUUAAAUCUUGUUACCACGACAAUAUAGAGAUUAUUAUUAUCAGAGUGGUCUUAGCGAUUACUAUUCAGUUUAUUUGUAGUUAUAUCACUCUUCCUCUAUAUGCUCUUGUUACACAGAUGGGUUCUCAGUAUAAAAGUACGAUAUUAGAAGAACACACUAUUCAUGUAAUAAAAGAGUGGCAUAAAAAUGUAAAACAUAAGAGAAAGAACGAGGCAAAUUCCAAUUCAAAUUCCCCUCGGGAAAAUCCAUCGAGUAAGAGUAUUUCUAUUUCUCCAGAUGAAUCAUCCCACCGACGAAUAUCGAAUUUUGCAGAGAUGUCUUCUCGUACUCACGAGAUCACUGAAGAAAUUGAAGAUAAUAUUGUUUAGAACUAACAAACUCAAAGAUAUAUUUGUCAUAUGAUGUGUUUGUUUAGUGAAAUUGUUUAAAGAAAUAUUUUUAUAUGUGAGGUAAAAAAUUGUGUAAAUAAUAUAAAAAU